AUGUCCAUGGAUUAUCCCUACGAUGACUUGCUGGAUCUCUACUUCUCCAACACACCUGCCACAGCUGGAAGCACAACCGCUGCUGCCACCAUUUCCUCGUGUGAGGAACAUGGCAAUAGCUCGAAUGAUUGGUCUCUUGACAUGGAUUGGGACUGUGACUACCGUGACCUUAUUGAAUCCAUGAUGGAUGAUGAAGGGGCCAUGAUGGAAUCUCCUCCAAUGCUGUCUUGUCACAAUGCCCAGGAAGGAGCUUGUAACUCCGCGUCCACGGGUUUGUCCACGGCUUAUGGGGUUGAUGUAGAGGAGGAGCCUAAACUUGAUGAAUCGAAGGGCUUGAGGCUGGUUCACUUACUGGUGGCCGCUGCAGAGGCAUCAACUGAUGUGAAAACUCGGGAGCUAACUCGGGUUAUACUUGCAAGGCUAAAGCGCUUGGUUUCUCCCAGUGACCGAACCAACAUGGAGAGGCUAGCUGCUCACUUCGCCAACGGCCUAUCAAAGUUGCUCGAACGAGCUAACCAGCAGCGUCAGGCCGGUCCUCACCAACAACGUGACGCUUAUGAUCAGUCGGAUGUUAUCUCGGCGUUCCAACUGCUGCAGAACAUGUCUCCCUACGUCAACUUCGGUUACCUCACUGCCACACAAGCCAUUAUAGAAGCUGUGAAGUAUGAUCGGCGAGUCCAUAUUGUGGACUAUGAUAUCACAGAAGGUGCCCAGUGGGCCUCACUGAUGCAGGCCUUCGUGUCUAAAAAUACAGGCCCGUCCGCGCAACAUCUUAGGAUCACGGCUCUGUCACGAGCCACCAACGGUAAGAAAUCCAUUGCUGCUGUCCAAGAGGCUGGGCGGCGACUAACUGCAUUCGCCGAGUCUAUCGGGCAGCCAUUUUCAUACCACCACUGCAAACUCGAGACCGACACAUUCAAUGCUUCGUCUCUGAAGCUCGUUAGAGGAGAAGCAGUGGUGAUCAAUUGUAUGUUGCAUCUGCCUCGAUUUAGCCACCAAGCACCCAAUUCCCUCAUUUCUUUUCUAUCGGAAGUUAAAACCCUAAACCCUAAACUCAUAACACUCGUCCACGAGGAAGUUGGUCUGAUGGGGAACCAAGGUUUCCUGCACCGGUUUAUGGACUUGCUACAUCAGUUCUCAGCCAUGUUCGACUCUCUAGAGGCAGGCCUCUCAAUCGCUACCCCGGCCCGCGGCUUUGUUGAGCGUGUUUUUAUUGGUCCAUGGGUUUAUGGUUGGUUGACUCGUAUUACUGAUGAUUCAGAAGUCGAGAGUUUUGCUUCGUGGCCACAGUGGUUAGAGGCUAAUGGGUUCAAAGCUGUGGACGUGAGCUUCGCCAACCGUUGCCAAGCAAAGCUACUUUUGAGCUUGUUUAACGAUGGCUAUAGAGUGGAAGAAUUGGGCCAAAAUGGGCUCGUUUUGGGAUGGAAAUCUCGGCGUCUUGUGUCGGCCUCUUUUUGGGCCUCGCCCGAGUCGAAUUAG